CUCACAGCGCUGAAACUGAUCCACAUAGAUCUGUAGCAGUGUGUCACAGUGUCACUGUUUUACCGGGGAAAGGGAUACACUUGCGUUUUACAUUCAGGCGUCUUACAACCACCGGCAAUGCUGUGUUACAUUUUUAACUGAAAGAAGGAAUAACUGCAAAAAUGACAGUGGAUUUUGAGGAUUGUAUUAAAGAUUCUCCCCGUUUCAGGGCGAAUAUCGAUGAAGUUGAGACUGAUGUUGUGGAAAUAGAAGCCAAGCUAGAUAAGCUGGUGAAGUUAUGCAGCGGUAUGAUCGAAGCGGGUCGUGUGUACGUCAGUGCUAAUAAACUCUUCGUCAAUGGCAUUCGAGACUUGUCUCACCACUGCAAAAAGGAGGAGAUGAUCUCAGAAUGUCUUGAGAAGUGUGGAGAGAGCCUUCAGGAAAUCGUCAACUAUCACAUGAUCCUGUUCGACCAGGCCCAAAGAUCCGUGAAGCAACAGUUGCACAAUUUUGUGAAGGAGGAUGUUCGGAGGUUUAAAGAGACUAAGAAGCAGUUCGAUAAGGUUCGGGAGGAUAUGGAGAUCGCCCAGGUGAAGAACGCCCAGGCGCCUCGCAACAAACCGCAUGAGGUGGAGGAGGCCACCAGCACCCUCGUCACGACCCGCAAGUGCUUCCGACACCUCGCCCUCGACUACGUGCUUCAGAUCAAUGUUCUUCAAGCCAAAAAGAAAUUUGAGAUUUUGGAUUCGAUGCUGUCGUUCAUGCAGGCUCAGUACAGUCUGUUCCAGCAGGGCUUCAACCUCCUGGACGAGAUCGACCCCUACAUGAAGAAGCUGGCUGCCGAGUUGGAUCAGCUGGUCAUUGAUUCUGCUAUGGAGAAGAGAGAGAUGGAGCACAAACACGCCACCAUACAGCAAAGAACUUUGAUACAGGACUUUGCUUAUGAUGACUCCAAGGCAGAAUUCAACAUGGAUGCUCCCAAUGGUGUCGUGAUGGAGGGAUACCUAUUCAAGAGGGCGAGCAAUGCGUUCAAGACGUGGAACAGGCGAUGGUUUUCGAUACAGAACAGUCAACUAGUCUAUCAGAAGAGACUAAAAGACGUUUUGACCGUGGUUGUGGAGGACCUGCGGCUUUGCUCUGUGAAACCAUGUGAAGACAUUGAGAGAAGGUUCUGUUUUGAAGUGGUGUCGCCUACAAAGAGCUGUAUGCUGCAGGCUGAAUCGGAGAAGCUCCGUCAAGCUUGGAUUCAGGCGGUUCAGGCCAGCAUUGCUUCUGCCUACAGAGAGAUUUCUGAAAACUAUUACAUAGAGCGUCUGGACAGGACAGCUUCUCCCUCCACGAGCAGCAUCGACUCCGCCAGCGAGCCGCGGGAGCGUAUCGUUCGAGGAGAGAGCAUCUUACAGCGCGUGCAGUGUCUGCCGGGAAACGAGAUCUGCUGCGACUGUGGCCAGGCCGACCCGCGCUGGGCCAGCAUAAACCUCGGCAUCCUGCUCUGCAUCGAGUGCUCUGGCAUACACAGGAGUUUAGGUGUCCACUGCUCUAAAGUUCGCUCUUUAACACUGGACACGUGGGAGCCAGAGCUUAUGAAGCUAAUGUGUGAGCUUGGCAACACUGUAAUCAACCAUAUUUAUGAAGGUGCGUGUGAGGAACAAGGACUAAAGAAACCCGGUCCCAACAGCUCAAGGCAGGAGAAAGAAGCGUGGAUCAAAGCGAAAUACGUGGAGAGGAAGUUCCUGAAGAAGAUGUGUGGCUCCGAAGCCCUGGUGGAGGGAAGCAGGAAAUCCCGUCACUGGAGCGUGAAGAAGUGCAGGAGACACAACAGCUCCAUCAGAGCCCCUAAAACACGCCGGAAAUACAGGCACGACGCCGGGAUCAUGUCGCCAGGCAAUCUCUCCGCUGCUGCUGCGGCCGCCAAGUUUCGGAGAGAAUCUUUGUUUUGUCCCGAUGAGCUCGAUUCACUCUUCUCUUACUUUGACACAGGCUCAGGGCCUCGCAGUCUCAGCAGUGACAGCGGGCUUGGCGGCAGCACGGACGGCAGCACGGACAUACUCGUGUUCGGCUCAGUGGUGGACAGUGUCACUGAAGAAGAGUGUGAGGACUCUGAUGAAUCCAGCGGAGAGGUCGAUAUCGAGCAGGAAGCGUCGGAUCCAGAAGACGGGCGGGAGCUUGACGCGAACGCUCUGCUUCACAAGGCGUCGCGGGCCAGGAACCUCCCGGUCAUGGCGGAAGCACUCGCACACGGUGCAGAUGUCAACUCGGUCAACGAGGAGGACGAAAGCAAGAGUGCAUUAAUACAAGCCGUCACAGGGGGCUCUCUGAUAGCCUGUGAGUUCCUGCUGCAGAAUGGAGCAGACGUCAAUCAGAGGGACGGGCGAGGACGGGCACCUCUCCACCACGCCACGUGCCUGGGUUACACGGGACAGGUGUGUUUGUUCCUGAAGCGAGGAGCCUCUCAGAUGGAGGUGGACGGAGACGGGCAGGACCCUCUCAGUAUCGCCGUUCAGGCAGCCAAUGCAGACAUCGUCACAUUAUUGCGGUUAGCUCGGAUGAACGAAGAGAUGCGGGAAGCGGACGGGCCCUUCGGACAGCCAGGUCAAUAUCCCAGCAGCAGUCCCACAGAGCAGCAGUACAAAAAGUGUAUUCAGGAGUUUAUCUGCCUCACCAUUGACGAAUGCUAGGGGGCGCUCUUGAGCGCUGGCAGACUGUGAGGAGGAGCACGUACUCAGUUUGUAGCCCGUAACAGGAAUAGCUUUAGCAAGGAUUGAGUGAUAUCCUCAACUUCCUCCUCACCUGACCAAGUAUAGUUUACACGUUGUGUUCGUAUGUAUGUGGUUAACACAAAAUAUUGUAAUGGAACGGCUAGUAUAGCCGGCUAGAGGCAUCAUUCAAACGUGACGUUAAUCGCGAUUAAAUAAUACAUUGAUGGAUUAACGGCCUUGUCUUACUGAAUUAGUCAUUCAAAAACAGCGUUUCUGAGUGUUAUUGAGUCAUUAUGUGCAAAAUAUGACUGUGCGCACUUUUCCUACCGACAGUAUUUUUUUGUUUUUUUACAUCUUUUUAUGUUAUUUUGCCUCAUGUUGAUGAUGUUUGUUGUGCUUUUUAUUUAUGUUCCGUCCUGAGGAUUAGUGCAAUUAUAACUAGAAUAUGGAAAUAUGUAUGGGCAUUUACGUUUGCCUAUCUAGACCUUUUUUGUCUUUCGCAUCACAUCAGAACCCCUCAUAUGCUAACGAAACGGGUGUUUUGACCCCUUUAAAGUUUUAAAAAGAUGUCAGCUAUUCGAAAUUAUUUAUAAAACGUAUCGCAGCCGUCUGUUUUAUAUAUUUGUACUUGUAUUGCCAAGCUCUCAAAUGACUGUCAUGUGAUUUUUAAUGAGAAACGCUUGUCUAGAAGCUGUCAGUAUUUGCAUGCGUUUACUCGCUCGCAUACCGAGGCAAAUCUGCCCGUCUGCAUUAGCAAGCAUGGUUCCUUAUUUUAGCCACCUGAUGCUG